GUAAAAGAUGAAGUGAUAGAGGGAAAGGACAAAAAGCAGGUACAGAAUGAAAAAGAAGAACAAAAGAUUGAUGGAACAGAAGAAGAGAUGGAGGGAAAAGAAGAAAUGGAGGCAAUAAAACAAGAACCAAAACUUGGUGGACAUGAAGAAGAUUUGGAGAAAAAAGUCAAAGAUAAAGAAAAGGUUGAUCGAAAAGAAGAAAGGGACACAAAGACACGAGAACAAGAACCACAGAUCGAUGGAAAAGAAGAAGAGGUGGAGGGAAAAGAAGAAAACAAGGUAAAGAAAGAAAAAGAUGAGCAAAAGGUUGACGUAAAAGAAGAGUUGGAGAAAACAGUCGAAGAGCAGAUGGAUGGACAAAAGGUUGAUGACAAAGAACAAAAGAUGGAAGAAAAAGUCAAAGAAGAGGCCCAGAAAGAAGAACAAAAGGUUGACAGAAAAGAGAAAGAAACAGUGACUGCAACAGACAGAGAAGUAAAUUCAAAAGCAGAAGAAAAGGAAUUAAAAGACGAUGCAGCAAACCAGCUGAAACAAAAACGAAAGGUUGCCAGAAAGGAAGAAGAGAUGGAGGACAAAGAAGAAAAGCUGACAGAAAAAGAGAAAAAAGAAGAACAGCUAAGGCGAAGAAACAAGAAGAACAAAAGGUUGGUAGUAAAGAAGACGAGAUGA